CAGGUCUUUCUCCAUUGGUGGCUGGAGGUGAAGCAUCAUCCAUUCCACAGGUGACGGAGGAGCUCAUCUCUCCUGUGGGUAAGACAUCUUCAUCAUCCAUCAGUGCUUGGAGUAUUAUGGGAUGGUGUCAGCCUGCGUGGUGACUUUUCAGGGCAGUUAUUGAUCGGUGCCUGUCUCUCCAUCCGUGCCCGCUAGUCCAGGCGGUCAGCGUGGCUUAGUGGACUUAAUCUGUCAUUAGGACUCUAUUCUGGGAGCAGGCGUGCACGACGCACCUGCUCGCUCACUCGUUGUUUGGCGACACCAACUUCCUACCUGCGUGCGUGUACGCGUCAGACAGCACCGCGGUUUUGGUGAGCCUGGUGGGCUGCAUGGACACAGACAUGGAGCACUUCGACGAGCGGGACAAAGGUCAGCGACACGGCCGCUCCAACGCGCGCGUCAACGGCGUACAGAGCCCGACGCACAGCGCGCACUGCAGUCUCUUCCGGACCCGGACCCUGAAGGCUCUGAGCGCCGAGAAGCGGGCCAAGAAGGUGCGUUUCUACCGCAACGGGGACCGAUACUUCCACGGGAUCGUCUACGCCAUCUCCGCAGACCGCUUCCGGACCUUUGACGCCCUGCUGGCGGACCUGACCCGCUCCUUGUCCGACAAUGUCAACCUGCCGCAGGGCGUCAGAACCAUCUACACGCUGGACGGAACCAGGAGGAUCACCAGUAUCGAUCAACUGCUCGAAGGCGACAGUUACGUCUGCAGCUCCAUCGAGGCCUACAAGAAGGUGGACUAUACCAAGAACGUCAACCCCAACUGGUCUGUCAAUGUCAAGGCGGCGGCAGCGGCGGCCCGCGGGCCCCCCUCGCUGGGCAGCACCAAGGUGGGGGCACUGGAGAGCAAGGACUUUGUCCGUCCCAAGCUGGUGACGGUGGUGCGUAGCGGCGUGAAGCCCCGCAAAGCCGUGAGGGUGCUGCUCAACAAGAAGACGGCCCACUCCUACGAGCAGGUGCUCACCGACAUCACGGACGCCAUCAAGCUGGACUCCGGCGUGGUGAAGAAGAUCUACACAUUGGAGGGUAAACUGGUGACGUGUCUGCAGGACUUUUUCGGAGAUGAGGAUGUUUUCGUGGCGUGUGGACCUGAAAAGCUGCGCUACCAAGACGACUUGAUGCUGGAUGAGACCGAGUGUCGCAUGGUCAGGCCCAUGAACUACGGCAAGAUGUCCUCCUCCGUCAUCCGAGGCUCCCCCAGGACUUUGAACCAGACCCGACGCAGCAAGUCCCCUUCAUCCGUGAACGGGACGCCCGCCAGUCAGAUGUCCACGCCGCAUACGGCUAAAUCUCCCAGCCCCUCCCCGACCAGCCCGGGCAGCCUCAGCCAACGGCGGGCCUCGCAGGGCUCAUCCUCCUCGUUGUCUUCCGAUCAAGUAUCCAGCCCGGCCAAUAGCGGCGGUGACAGACCAGCGACUGACGAGGAAGUUGUCGUGGACGAGGUCCCGGCGGUGCCAUCCUACAUUUCGGAGCGCUACAAGGUGGGACGCAUGUUGGGUGACGGGAACUUCGCCGUGGUCCACGAGUGCGUGGAACACUCGACGGGACGCCAUUAUGCUUUGAAGAUCAUCAACAAGGGCAAAUGCAGAGGCAAGGAGCACAUGAUCCAGAACGAGGUGGCCAUCCUGCGACGAGUCAAGCAUCCCAACAUCGUGCUGCUCAUCGAGGAGGUGGACACGUACAGCGAGCUCUACCUGGUCAUGGAGCUAGUCAAGGGGGGAGACCUAUUCGACGCCAUCACUUCAGCCACCAGGUACACAGAGAAGGACGCCAGUGGGAUGCUGUACAACCUGACCAACGCCAUCAAAUACCUCCACAGCCUCAAUAUCGUGCACAGAGACAUCAAGCCGGAAAACCUGCUGGUGUACGAGCAUGCAGACGGCAGCAAAAGCCUCAAACUAGGAGAUUUUGGUUUAGCCACCGUGGUGGACGGACCCCUUUACACUGUAUGCGGGACGCCGACAUAUGUAGCACCUGAAAUCAUUGCAGAGACAGGGUAUGGUCUCAAAGUGGACAUCUGGGCAGCAGGCGUCAUCACCUACAUCCUCCUGUGUGGUUUCCCACCUUUCCGGGGGAGCAGCGAGGACCAGGAAGUGCUGUUUGAUCAGAUCCUAAUGGGACAGCUGGAAUUUCCUCUGCCAUACUGGGACAACGUGUCGGAAACCGCUAAGGAGCUCAUCCGAUCCAUGCUGGAGGUGGAGGUGGAUCAGAGGUACACGGCCCUCCAAGUGCUGGAGCAUCGAUGGGUCAUGGAUGAAGGUCUUUGUGAAAAUGAGCACCAGCUGUCUGUAGCAGGAAAGAUAAAGAAGCACUUCAACACUGGACUGAAGGUCAGCGACAACACAGAUAACGUGGCGGUCAUCUCUCUGGACGGAAGCUUUUCUAUGCAGAGAUCUGGGUCGUUGGACUUCCACCAGCACCCAGCCAUGUACUGGAUAAGGCCCCCCCUCUUGAUAAGGAGAGGACGCUUCUCAGACGAGGAUGCCACCAGGAUGUGAUGCCUUUGCGAAGAUGUUGUCCACUCACCAGGCUCCGCCUUCUAGCUGCCUAUCCUUGCCCCAAUUUGUGACCCCUGACCUUUACCCCCCAUUUAUCUCCCAUGUGACUCUGACGCCAUCUCCAUCAGCUCUGCCAGCACCACCAAGCGGGAACCCCUUCAUCCAGCUCCGGCAGGAUGAGGAUGAUGAGAUCAGCGUCCUGUAAGGGACUUGCAGAGGGAAGACUAUAAAGCAAAAAAAAAUGGAUCCAAGUGAACUUCUAAGAGGAGGGAGUAUCAGAAUGAGGUAAAGGACUUUUAUUUCUCCAAGUUGUCUCAUACGAGCUCAAGGAGCGUGAAAGGGCAUCGAGCAUCCAUCUUUCCCCUUCUGUGAUGAUCCGAGCUCCACAAGGAAGACUGACGAUAGAACUUUCUCGGCAAUACGGACCAAUGAACUUCAUCUUCUUUUUUUAUAUAUAUACAGUAUAUAUAUUAUGUAUUUCCCUUUUUCCACAGAGAUAUGUCGUCGUCCUGACGGGAAGGAAGCGUGACUUAGAGCAGUAGGCCAGCGUAUGGACUUUUACAAGAAUAAAUGUGAUGUAGGCCCUUUUUUUCUUACAGAACACGUGGUUAUGUUGAAACAAAGACUCUAGUAUUGGUGUUGCCUUCCUGUAAUGUUGGAUUGCAGUCGACGUGAUGAUGAUGGCGGUGCAUUCUUUCGCCCCCGUACGUUUGUGUGCCGCUCCAUUCACUCUUGUGCCAUCCUGGUGUGUAGCAAACAUUUGACCAACAAUGCAAACACAAUCAUACUGCGUUGAUAUCAUCUUUUCAUUCUAAUCAAGCCUCAUUUACAUGAUUUCACCCCCCGGCGGCAGACGAGCCUCGCAGAUGUCAAACGUAUGCAGUCCAACAGGUUUGGAUUCUGCAGAACCAGCAGCACUGAAGUGGAUUUAUUUGCCACCAGAAACCUCAUUCAUGGCUUCAUUUAUUCAGAUGAAAACAUGACAGACACAGUAGCUUCUUCUUGUUAGUUCUUGACGAGAGGCAGCAGAGCCAAGUCAUGAAGUGGAGAUCAUCAGCUUCAAAUGUAUUGUAUCACUUAGCGUGUUUGGGGCCGAUGAUCUCACUGUUGUUUGUGAGUUCUUGUGAGGUGUCAAUGAUACGGCUCAUGAUUGAUAUGAAUCAGUUCAUAUGAAUUUGUUGAAACAGGAACUCCACACACCUACCGAAGUGCUCGAACAGCUGCACUACACUAUUGUGUCCGUUGCAAUACCAAUACAUGUACCUCUCCACCAGUGGUCUAUCAAUAAUAACAUAAUAAUUAAAAUUGUUCCAAACCAAAUGUGUUUAUUUUU